AUGGCUACUGAGGUUGGGAGCAUUCCUAUGAUGCCCAAUGGGCCAACUGACCCUGAAAAAGUGGCAACAGAUCCCGCCCCCAGAAUUGAUCAAGUGAAGCUAGAGGACGAGACCGCCCAGAUCACAGUACCGCCUCCAAGUGAUGCCCAAGCAGCCAAUGCCAGCUCGGGAGAGACGAAACCCGAGGCUGGAGCCACGCCCGCGCCCGAUGCCCCAAAGAUACUGAACCUGCCACGUACUGCUAGCGACGGCCUGAUCAAGACACCGCUAGCCGAACCUCUGGAGACUUCACAGCCUUCUCCUAAACUGGCGUUGACGACGGAACAAGAGACUAAAUAUGCAAGUCUCCUCAAGAACGUGUCCGCAUGGACCGAGAUCCCAGAGACUUCUGCUAGAGGAUCAAAGACCACACCCCUGACCGAUUCGGAGCGCAUGUUCCUCACUCGGGAAUGUCUACUCCGCUAUUUGAGGGCUACAAAUUGGAACGUGGCGCAAUCGGAAACAAGACUGAGGAACACUUUGGUCUGGCGACGCGAAUAUGGGUUGGAGAAGCAUACAAAAGAGUACAUCUCGAUUGAAAAUGCGACAGGCAAGCAGGUGAUCUUGGGGUGGGACAUUCAGGGGCGGACAUGCCAAUACCUGCGACCAUCCAAACAGAACACCGAGCGGAGUGAUCGGCAGAUCCAGCACUUGGUGUUCAUGCUGGAACGAGCAAUUGAUCUGAUGCCACCAGGGCAAGAGACCCUCGCGCUGCUCAUCAAUUUUGCAGAGACCAAGUCUGGACAAGGCGCAACGCUAUCACAGGGCAAGCAGACGUUGAACAUCCUUCAGAAUCACUAUCCGGAGAGGCUGGGUCGCGCCCUCGUCACCAAUGUGCCAUUCUACAUCUGGGGCUUCUUCAAGCUGAUCACGCCGUUCAUUGACCCCUUGACAAGAGAGAAGAUCAAGUUCAAUGAAGAUAUGGGACUACAUGUGCCGCGGGAACAGCUGCUAAAGGAAAGUGGAGGGCUCGUCGAGUUCGAGUAUGAUCACGAGGUGUAUUGGCCGGCUCUCAAUGACUUGUGCGAAUCGAAGAGGAGCGAGUUCCGGAGUCGCUGGGAGGAAGGCGGCAGGCGAAUCGGUGAAUAUGAGGCAUACUUGAAGGGAGCGGGUGAGAAGUCGUUGGCGGAACGGGAGAAGGAGGCGGAGUAA